UUUGGCCACUUUAAAUUUUUCCAUCAUUCAGUCUCACAUGCAUAUCCUCCUAGUUACAAAGGGCACAAAUAUCUAUCUCUACAUAUCUCAAUGUUACGUUCAGUCUUAAUGUAAUUAGAUCUGAUCUCAUAAAAUCUGAGUUUCAGAUAUAUAGGCCGAGGUCUGCAGUCAUUAGAUUGUGUAAUAAAAUGGCGGCAGCAAAAACAUCCGAUUCGCUUGAAUUUGCACUACUUACGUCAAAUAAUUACACAAAUUGGGAAGUAGCCAUGCUUGAGAUAUUUAGAUUGCGUGGAUGGACAAAUCACGUCUUCUCUAACGAGAACAGAAUUGAAGUGUCCAAAGACAAGGAAGUUGUUGAAGAAAUAAAAAAGUCGUGCAGUGCAGAGAUGCUUCCACAUAUUAUGUAUGCAAAAUUUGCUAAAGAAGCUUGGGAUUGGUUAGCGGAAGCUGGUGCCUGGACAGAAUUAGAAAAAGAUAAUUACAAAAACAUGCUAGCAGCAGCAGCUACAGCAAGAGAAAUUUUAGGCUUAGACGAUGUUCCAGAGGUUGAUAAAGUUCUAAGGAAACGCAACUACACAAAAUGGAAAAUAUAUAUGAAAAACGUAUUGUUAAGUAAAUAUCUUUGGACAGUUGUGGAUGGUAGUGAUCCAAUUAGAUCACGAUCAUACAAGACGAAAAAUCAUCAUGCUUUGGUCGCCAUAAGAACGUCAUGUGGGGAAGAUAUGUUUCUUUACAUUGAUGAAGAAAAUGAUGCUAAAGAUGCUUGGCGCAAGUUAGAGGGCAAGCUAGGAGCAGCUACAACUGCUUCUAUGGUGUAUUCUAAUGAAACUAUAAAGGAGAAUGAAUUUCUUACAGUGAAAGUAGAUCAUGAACAUCUUACAGCAAGGAGCAAUUAUGAAAAUUGGGUAUUUUGUAUGAAAAAUUACUUAAUAGUUCAAAAUCUGUGGGGUUUUCUGGAAGAGAUCGAAAAAUCAGACUCUGUGAAAGACGAAGAAGCGCUUGACGUAAUAAAAGUUUCAUGUGCACCCGAUAUGCUAGCUUACAUUUUGUACAUGGAUUGUGCCAAACAUGCCUGGGAGAAGCUAGCAACCGUAGCAGCUGCUUCUACAGAAGAUGAAGUUCGGGAACACCACUCUCAUUGUCUGCGAACAACACAAGCAGCAGAAAUAAGAACAAAUUUGAGUACACGCCCAGAAGCUGAUAAGGCCGUCUUGACAACACUGGGGAACUACCGGAAGUGGCGAUACUACGUGGAACAGUUAUUGUGGAGUCGGUUUCUGGAACAUGAUGAUGUGCAUCCAAAUGACCACCACCCUGUAAAGGAAAUCGAAAUCAUCAAAGAGGCAUGUGGUCUUAGAAUCAUCAAAGAGGCUUGUGGAAGAGAAAUACUGCCUUACAUUUUUCGCACAAAAUCACGUAAAGAAGCUUUGGAUACUGUGUCGAAGGCCUUUCUGUGGGGCCAAAAAGAUUACAUGAAAUACUCACGACUACUCCACGCUGUCCAGAAAAAUGGAUUUCGGGAACAGAUAAAAGAUCGGAAUGGUGAACUUUGGAGGGGAGCACACAAGUUUUUUCGAGAUCUCCCAGAAGCGUUGGAGGCUGAAAUUACCGAAGACGGGUCAACAGCUCUUCACGUUGCGGUUAGGUUAGGCAGAGUUGAUUUUGUGAGAGAGUUACUAAAACUGAUGACAGCGGCACAAACAGAAUUAAAGGCACAGCAGGGUAAUACUGCCAUUGUAGUUGCAGCUAGAGGUAAUAAUAUGGAGAUUGUCAAGAUGCUAGUGGAUAAAAAUCCCGACUUGGUACAAAUUUAUAAUGAACAUGGACUUCACGCGGUUACUAUAGCUGCAAUCAAUGGAAACGAGGUGAUCAUGCGCUAUCUUUACCCAUCCACAGUCGAACAUCUCAACAAUAACUGGCACAAAAAAAGUGUUUCUUCUCUUCUCACAUCUGCAGCAAGACUUGACGCAUUCGAUAUUGUCCGCGAUGUAUUAAGUAAAUUCCCAGCUGACUAUUCUGCUCUUCAGCGAGAUGUUCAUGAAAUGAUUCUUCUGGGUGUAUUGGCCGAAAAGCCUUCUGCAUUCCCAAGUGGAAAUCAUUAUGGACUUUUAGGAGGAUGGGUAUACCGGUUGGCUGGAUGCAAGACGAAUGGGGUAGUGUUGAAAGCUCUCAAGCUGAUUGUUCCAGGCGUGGUCAAAAGUAAGGAAAAAAAUGAUCAAAUAAUCGAAAUAGUCCAGCAUGUUUGUUCCCUGCUUCCCAACAUGGAUCCUCUCCAACUCACAGAGUCGUUAAUAUAUGAUGCAAUUCAUCGAUCCACCAUCCAUGGAAUUAUUGAGGUAUUUGAAAUUCUUAUCGAUACGAAUCCAUAUGUAGAGCAUUUCAAAGAUGAAACUGGGAGAGGUUUAUUUCAAAUUGCUAUAAUGUACCGCCAAGAGAGUAUCUUCCAAUACAUGUCUCAAAUGGGUCAAAGAAAUCAGAAUAUGGAUCUUUUGGACAAAUUUGGUAACAACGCCUUACACUGUGCUGCAUUUUGGGAUCCAUCUUCCAAGGUAGUCCAUGGCCCAGCACUUCAAAUUCAAAGGGAGAUACAAUGGUUCCAGGAGGUGGAGAGAGUGGUUCCACCAAGAUACAAAGAGAUGAGGAACAAUGAAAAGUUAACGCCUAACACAUUAUUCUCGCGUGAACAUAAAGAUUUAGUGAAAGAAGCAGAAAGGUGGAUGAAAGAUAUGGCACAAGCGUGUAUUAUUGUCACUACUCUUAUCGCCACAGUGAUGUUCGCAGCAGCAUUUACAUUACCUGGUGGCAGUGAUCAGAAUACAGGCAUCCCAUUCACUUUAAAAUCAAGGGCUUUCAAGGUCUUCAUGAUUUCAGAUGUCAUUUCGCUCUUCGCGUCAUGCACAUCUCUGUUGAUAUUCUUUUCGAUAUUAACAGCGCGUUACGCAGAACGUGAUUUCCUGACAUCUUUACCCAGGAGAUUAAUAUUUGGGCUUUUUACCCUCUUUUUUUCAAUAGCAACCAUGAUGGCAACUUUUACAGCCACUGUCGUUAUUGUUUUUCGUGGAGAAGCUCGAUCCAGCGCAUACAUAUGGGUGUCCAUCUUAGCUUGCAUCCCGGUUAUCGUAUUUGCAUUGUUACAAUAUCGGCUAUUUGUCAACCUCGUCUCAUCUACAUACGGACGUGGUAUUUUUCACAGCAAAAGAGUUGUCGUAGCCCCACUUGCUAGUAUUGGUUAUGGAUAAUUAGCAGUGACGGAGCUAGUUCUUGGAAUUGGUUAUGGUUGGUUACUGCCAGCCUGCCGGGUAUUAGUAUUUCUCUUUUGAUUUGAUUGCUUUUUUCAGUUGUAGAAAGCAAUAACUGUUCCUAUUUCAAUAACUUUCAGAUGCUGCUAAUUCAUGUUUUACCCAGCUCUCAAGCUGCAACAUAUUUCUCUCACAUACUUCUCCACCGAGGCUGCAACAUAUGCACAUUCGUUAUUAGUAUUUCAACUCUAAACCAUAGAUUAGGAGUAAUUUAUCAAGGAUGUGUCCAUUCAGUUAAAUGAAACUGUAGCGGUGAAAAAGGCUUGGGAUGAUUCAGCUCCGAUUUCACCUUUCCAUUGCUGUAAAUGGCUCGCGAUAUCUGGUUCCGAGAAAAAUCCAAUGCCAUUAUUUUGAUCUGUAGAAAAUGAAUCUUCCCCUGUUUUAUUAUCUCUUAAAUCUUCCCCUCAAACUUUGGGCCUGAGCAACUUUUUAACUCUAGGAAUAUUAUGUUUUUCCUUGUGCCAGUCUCAAUUUUUAUUCGAUUUCAUCUUCAAACUUUACAUUAGCCAGUAGUAGUACAUAUGCACGCAUAGAAAGAGUGAGAGAGAUUUCAUUUGUUCUGGUUUUAGGCCUGGUUCUGGUUUUAAGCCUGGUCGAGUAUUGACAAACAGAUCCAUGAGGUAUUACUAGUUCAGCAAUCUAUUGUAAUGGAUCACGAAUAUCCACGCCGUUUAUCCAUCGAUAAAAGAACAGGAUAUGCAACCAUCAAGCAACGGAACUUCAAAAGGGGUGAAAGAUUAAUGGUGGAUGUAGUAUCUAAAUCUGGGAAGAUAGACAAGAAGGGUAUUGAAGCUGAAUCUUCUGCGAAUAAUAGCACCAAGCGAGUCAGGGAGAUUACUUCAAAAAGAAGGAGAGCGAGUGCAGAGGCAGAAGUUGUGUUCUCAAAAGAACAGUACCAUGUGCGAUGAUACUCGCACAGGGGAAAUUGAAGAUAUGAUGCGAAAUAAUGUUCUGAGAAGUAUCAAUGAACUUAAAGAAAUACAAAAGAUGAC